AUGACAGAACUCAACUUCCUCCCAAUAAUCUCCGAUCGUCUCACGUCGGCGAUGACGUCGCCGUCAUUUUCGUCACAUUACUCUCUCCUCUCUAUCACCAAACGACGAAGCAGAAGACAACGAAACCCACCAGUCUCCGUACGCAUGGAGCAGUCACGGUAUCUCAAAGACAAACUCGUCGUCAUCUUAGGAGCAACCGGCGCCGGAAAAUCCAAACUUUCCGUCGAUCUCGGCCUGCGUUUCCCUUCAGAGAUCAUAAACUCCGACAAAAUCCAAGUCUACGAAGGACUAGAGAUCACUACGAAUCAGAUUACCAUCCCGGAGCGUCGCGGCGUCCCUCACCACCUCCUCGGCUGCAUCCCUCCCGAAGACGGCGAGCUAACCGCCGGAGAUUUCCGUAUCGCAGCUUCAAACACCAUCUCCGACGUAAUCUCCCGUAAAAAGCUUCCGAUAAUCGCCGGCGGAUCUAACUCUUUCGUCCACGCACUCCUCGCCGAGAGAUUCGACUCCAAAAUCGAUCCUUUCGCUUCCGGGUCGUCGUCUUCAAUCUGCCGCGAUUUGCGUUACGACUGCUGCUUCCUCUGGGUCGACGUGUCGGAGACGGUGCUCUACGAGUAUCUCGUGAGACGGGUCGACGAAAUGAUGGGUUCGGGUAUGUUCGAGGAGCUAUCCGGGUUUUACGACCCGGUUAAAUCGAGUGCGACCCGGUUCGGGAUACGGAAAGCUAUAGGCGUCCCCGAGUUCGACGAUUACUUCAAAAUGUUCCCACCGGAGGAGACGGAGGAGAAGAAAGGUGGAAGCUUUGAGGCGGAGAGGAAAGCGGCGUACGAUAAGGCGGUGGAGGAUAUCAAAGAGAACACGUGGAGGUUAGCGAAGAGACAAAUAGGGAAGAUUGAGAAACUGAGAGACGCGGGGUGGGAGAUAAAGAGGGUUGACGCAACGGCGUCGUUUAGAGCGGUUAUGAGGACGAUGGGUUCGUCGUCGUCGUCGUCGCCGGAGAAGAGAAGAGAGUGGAGAGAGAUUUGGGAGAAGCAAGUAUUGGAGCCAAGCGUAAAGAUUGUGAAUCGGCUGUUGGUGAAAGAUUAG